GCCAAGGCUGUGUGUAUUUCAGGCCACAGACAAGCGGAAGGCAUUAGAAGAGACCAUGGCUUUCACCACCCAGGCCCUGGCCAGUGUGGCCUACCAAGUGGGCAACCUGGCUGGGCAUACUCUUCGAAUGCUAGACCUACAGGGCGCUGCCCUGCGGCAGGUAGAAGCCAAGAUCAGCACACUGAGCCAGAUGGUGAAUAUGCAUAUGGAAAAGGUGGCCAGAAGGGAGAUCGGCACCUUAGCUACUGUCAUGCGGCUGCCCCCUGGCCAGAAGGUCAUCCCUCCAGAGAGCCUACCUCCCCUCACUCCCUACCACAGAAAACCCCUCAACUUUGGCUGCUUGGAUGACGUUGGCCAUGGAAUCAAGGACCUGAGCACGCAGCUGUCGCGGACCGGGACCCUGUCUCGCAAGAGCAUCAAGGCACCUGUUACACCUGCCUCCGCCGCGCUGGGGAGACCACCCCGGAUCCCCGAGCCUGUGCAGCUCCCAGCCGUGCCCGACGGCAAGCUCUCCGCUGCCUCCUCUGCUUCUUCCUUGACCUCGGCGGGCAGUUCCGAAGGUGCCAGUGGGAAUCCCCAAUCCAAGGGACAGGUGGCUCCGGCAACCCCGCCUCCUCCUCCACCUCUGGCUCCGGCAACCCCGCCUCCUCCAGCAGCCUCCGCUGAGGUCUUCUUACCGCCUCCUCCGCUGGAGGUGUCCCAGCCCCCUCCAGAAGCAGAGCUGCCCCUGCCCCCUCCUCCAGCUCUGGAGGGGGAUGAACUGGGACUGCUGCCUCCGCCCCCACCAGGUUUUGGACCAGAUGAGCCCAGCUGGGUCCCUGCUGCCUACUUGGAGAAAGUGGUGACAUUAUACCCAUACACCCGUCAGAAGGACAACGAGCUCUCCUUCUCCGAAGGGACCGUCAUCUGCGUCACCCGCCGCUACUCUGAUGGCUGGUGUGAAGGGGUCAGCUCAGAGGGCACUGGAUUCUUCCCAGGGAACUAUGUAGAGCCCAGCUGCUGACAGCCAGAUCUGGCCCUGCACCAACCCAGCACUGCCUCAGUGGGCCUCUUAAGUCCCAAGAAGCCAGCUCCACAGUCAAGGCCGAACUAAGAACCUGUCUACCUCGUGGGCUGUGAACUGUGUUCGGUCCCUGCUCCACACAGCAGUGGGGAAGUAUGUGUAUGGGGGCGGGGGUCGCGCUAGAGAGAGGUGGUACCCAAGAGAAUUGCUGCAGAUGGGGAACCCCCCCCCUUAAAAAACUAAAAGUCAAGGAGUUCAGGCACCUUGCCCAGAGGACCCCUAGCUCAUAAAGAGCAAAUUGCCAGCUUUGAAUAAAACUGAUGGCCUCCUGAUUCUUGCCCCACAGGGCUAGAGGGCCAGGGGGUUGUGAUGGAAAGGGACGUCAAGAGAACCCUGCAGACUGGCCCAGAAGGACCUUUCCAUCCAGUCCUCUUUACUGUUCCCACUAGACCCCAGCCGUCCCAGGCGGCCACUCACGGCAUCUUUCAAAAACCUUUUUGCUUCUUGCUUGUGUUCAGUCUAGGCUCCUCAAGCCUCCCCCACUUAAAUGUGGCCGACAGCAAAGGGCACCUCUCUCACCCCUCCCCCCUCCUGCGGCGCAAGAGAUGAGUCACUUUGUCCCCCCUUCACCUCUUUUAUAAGUCUGAAAUACCAGAGGGGGGAGGGGCUUGGGUUUCCCUGGCUCUGCGUAAAAACAUGGCUUUCUGUUCCAUAAGGGCGGAGGGGGAUGCGGAGGUGGGGGUGCGGAGGACGGC